UAGAUCCAUCAUCUUCAUCUUCAUCUUCAUCUUCAUCUUCAUCUUCAUCUUCACCAUCAUCUUCAUCUCCAUCUUCAUCCAAUGGCCACGAUUAAGUAUCUCAUCCCCAUUACUGUUCUCCUAAUUCUCCUUCCACCCAAUCUCCUUACAGCAGCCGACGACACUGCUCCGCCCACCAUCUCCGCCGCCACUGUCUACGAUUCGGGCCGCCUCUCCGCCCGCCAAUCCCUCGCCGCCGCCCGGAGAUUCCUAACCCUAAUCGAACGGCAGCUCCUCCGCCACUCCAAAACCCUAACCAUCACCGCAAUCCGAGCAUUAGAGGACUGCAAAUUCUUAGCACAAUGCAACAUCGACGAUCUCCUUGCCGCCCUCCAAAUCAUCGACAACACUUCCCAAAUUCUCCCCGCCGACGAAGCCGACGGCGUCCAAACGCUCCUCAGCGCCACCCUCACCAACGUUCAGACAUGUAUCGACGGAAUUCAGGCGACCUCGUCGACCUGGACCAUCAGAAACGGCAUUCUUUCCCCCCUCUCCAACGACACCAAACUCUACAGUCUUUCCCUCGCUCUGUUCACCAAAGGCUGGGUCCCAAAAAAUAGAAAGAAAGUUAAUUCCGGCGGCCGGAGAAAGCAUCUCCGGCUUCCGAACCUGAAAAUGUCUGCCCGGAAUCAGGCGAUUCUUCAGACCGUCAAUAAAAACCGCCGCCUGCUCCAGACGAGCCCCGGCAGCGACAUGGUCAAUGUCACCGACAUAGUUAUUGUCAGCCAGGAUGGGUCCGGAAAUUUCAUGAAUAUCAGCGACGCCGUGGCGGCGGCUCCCACGAAUUCCGACGGGAAAAAGGGUUACUUCUUGAUAUACAUCACCGCCGGCGUGUACGAAGAAUACGUGUCGAUUGCGAAAAACCAGAAGUACAUAAUGAUGAUGGGGGAAGGAAUUAACAAAACAAUUAUUACAGGAAAUCAUAGCUUCGUCGACGGAUGGACCACUUUCAAUUCUUCAACAUUCGCCGUCGUCGGAGCAGGAUUCGUCGGCGUGAACAUCACGUUCCGGAACACCGCCGGCGCGGUGAAGCACCAGGCGGUGGCGGUGCGGAACGGCGCCGAUCUCUCGACAUUCUACAAAUGCAGCUUCGAGGGCUACCAAGACACGCUCUACGUGCAUUCCCUCCGGCAGUUCUACGUCGAAUGCGACAUCUACGGCACCGUCGACUUCAUAUUCGGAAACGCCGCCGUCGUCUUCCAGGACUGCAAUCUCUACCCCCGCCGGCCAAUGUCGGGUCAGUUCAACGCCAUAACCGCACAGGGCCGAACGGACCCGAACCAGAACACCGGAAUCUCAAUCCAGUUCUGCACGAUCCGACCCGCCGACGAUUUGGCCAACAGCACGACAACCUUCCAGACGUAUCUGGGCAGGCCGUGGAAGGAAUAUUCUAGAACCGUAUAUAUGCAGUCGUAUAUGGGCAGUCUGAUAAAUCCUGCGGGUUGGAGCAUAUGGUCGGGGGAUUUUGCACUCAACACCUCGUACUAUGCCGAAUUUAACAAUUCAGGCCCGGGAUCGGACACCAGCCGGAGAGUGACGUGGCAGGGAUUUCACGUUAUUAAUGAAACCGACGCCGGUAAUUUCACGACGUCGGCGUUUUUGUCCGGCGGACAGUGGAUUCCUCAAACUGGGGCACCUUAUACAUUAGGGUUAUAUCGAUCUUAAAUUUAAUUAAUUAGUUUGGAUUAAUUCUUGUAAUUGAAUUAAGGAGAAAUAUUUAAUUAAUUUUCGUACAUGCAAUACUCAAAGCCAGCUUAUAUAAUGUACAAUCGAAUUGAAUUUUAUUGAGCUUUGAG